CUACGUUCUCUCUCGCUCUGGCGCGGCCCGUUGUUAUGACGACACGGUCGUAAAUCCGCCAUCUUCCUGCGGCGCGUUGCGACAUGGAGGGCGCGAUGGCAGUGCGGGUGACGGCCGCCCAUACGGCAGAAGCUCCGGCCGAAGCCAGGCGGGAAGCGGGCGAGGGCGGGGUCGCGACGGCGUCGGCGUCGGCGGCCUUGGCCCCUGCCGGCUUCCUCGGCCUCCCGGCGCCCUUUAACGAGGAAGAUGAGGAUGAUGUGCACAGAUGCGGCCGCUGCCAGGCGGAGUUCACCGCCCUGGAGGACUUUGUUCAGCACAAGCUCCAGAAGGUCUGCCAGCGGGUUUCCCAGGAGGCCCUGCCUGCCACCCCUGUGGCCGCUGCGCUGCUGGACCAGGAGGUGGUCCCAGCAGCUGCAAGCCCAGAGGAGCCCAUCACAUUGGCCCACAUUGUUGUGGAGGCAGCUGCUCUGACAGCGGACAUCAGCCACACGCCUGAUAUUGUUGGCAGUGGUCACAUCAAAGAGGUCAUUGUAGCUGCUGAGGCAGAUCCGGGUGACAGCGAGAUGGCAGAGGCCUCAGGCAGCCCUGACCAUCAGGGGCCCAAACUGGCCGGGCAGGGUGAGCAGGCCCAGGUCAAGCUGCUGGUGAAUGAGGAUGGCCGCUACGUCUGCGCGCUGUGUCACAAGACCUUCAAGACGGGUAGCAUCCUCAAGGCCCACAUGGUCACCCACAGCAGCCGUAAGGACCAUGAGUGCAAGCUGUGCGGGGCCUCCUUCCGGACCAAGGGCUCGCUCAUUCGGCACCACCGGCGGCACACAGAUGAGCGCCCCUAUAAAUGUGCCAAGUGUGGAAAGAGCUUCCGGGAGUCAGGUGCGCUGACCCGGCACCUCAAGUCUCUCACUCCGUGCACGGAAAAAAUCCGAUUCAGCAUGAGCAAGGAUGUGAUUGUUGGCAAAGAGGACGCACCUGCAGGGUCUGGCGCCUCCACCGUGGAGACCAUUACGUCAUCAUCAGUGAUAGGUGAAACCAUGGAGACAUCGCCUGUGAUUCAUUUAGUGACAGAUGCCAAGGGCACUGUUAUCCACGAAGUUCAUGUCCAGAUGCAAGAGCUUCCUCUGGGCGUGAAAGCCCUGGCCCCAGAGCCCCCAGCUCCCAAGGAGCUUCCCUGUUCCAGCGACAACAGUCAGGAGAACCUGCUGCACCAGGCCAUGCAGAACUCUGGCAUCGUUCUUGAGCGGGUCACUGGGGAGGAGGGGUCCCUGGAGCCAGUCCCUCCCGCCAUGUCCAGUCCCCAGGCCCUGGGAGAUGGUCCCCCAGAGCUGCCGCUGCUGGAGGUGGAGCAGGUGGAGACAGAGGUGGCCAACGAGGCCUCAGCUGUACCCAGGACCCACCUGUGCCCUCAGUGCAGUGAAACCUUCCCAACAGCAGCCACCCUAGAGGCCCACAAAAGGGACCAUGAAGGGCCGAAGCUGUUCACAUGUGUGCAGUGUGGCAAGGUCUUCCUCAAGGCCUACCUGCUCAAGAAGCACCAGGAGGUGCACGUGCACGAGCGCCGUUUCCGCUGUGGGGACUGUGGGAAACUCUACAAGACCAUUGCUCAUGUUCGGGGCCACCGGCGUGUUCAUUCAGAUGAGCGACCCUAUCCUUGUCCCGAGUGUGGCAAGCGCUACAAGACCAAGAAUGCCCAGCAGGUGCACUUUCGGACACACCUGGAGGAGAAGCCGCAUGUGUGCCCGUUUUGCAGCCGAGGCUUCCGGGAGAAGGGCUCGCUGGUGCGGCACGUUAGGCACCACACAGGCGAGAAGCCUUUCAAGUGCUACAAGUGUGGCCGUGGCUUCGCUGAGCAUGGCACGCUGAACCGGCACCUGCGCACAAAAGGUGGCUGCCUGCUGGAGGUGGAGGAGCUGCUGGUGUCUGAGGAGAGCCCCACCUCAGCUGCCACUGUCCUUGGCGAGGACCCGCACACUGUGUUGGUCGAGUUCUCAUCCGUGGUGGCUGACACCCAGGAGUACAUCAUUGAGGCCACCUCGGAUGAUGCAGAGACCAGUGAAGCCACAGAGAUCAUCGAGGGCACCCAGACAGAGGUGGACAGCCACAUCAUGAAGGUGGUGCAGCAGAUCGUGCACCAGGCCAGCGCAGGACACCAAAUCAUCGUGCAGAAUGUGACCAUGGACCAGGAGGCGGGGCUGGGUCCAGAAGUGGCUGCUGCUGACACCAUUACCAUCGCCACCCCUGAGAGUCUGACAGAGCAGGUGGCCAUGACGCUGGCCUCAGCCAUCAGUGAGGGCACUGUACUCACUGCCCGUGCGGGAACAGAUGGUGCGGAGCAGGCUACUGUGACCAUGGUUUCGUCAGAGGACAUUGAGAUCCUGGAGCACGCGGGUGAGCUGGUCAUUGCCUCGCCAGAGGGCCAGCUCGAGGUGCAGACCGUCAUCGUUUAACAUGGGCACCUGUGGGGUCCUGCUGGACUGGGGUGGGUCUGGGGCAAGGACCCUGAGUGCCCUAGCCACUUCUGCCUGGUCUAGUAUGGAAAACAUGGGGCACAGAAUUCAGAUAUGUGGGAGUGUAAAUACAUAUUUUUUGUUGCUUUACAAUAAAACAUGAAAACCCA